CCGAAUUUUUGUUUUGUUUUGCUUCGGCGCUCGCAAAGUUUAUCGCGUUUAUCCGCAGUGUUUAUCCUCUGUUCGCCGGAUUUACGAUUUUGUAAAUUAAAAAUGAGAUUUCUCCCGAGUUUAAUCGUAUAGAUGUGCCACAACGUGACCGUCCAAACGUAGAUUUCAUCCGGCCACAAUGGUCUCAAUAGAUAUUCUUCCAUACGUCGUCGUCGUCGUCGAUCGUCCAGUAAGUUUACAACUCGCUCACUAGCUGAUGGGCAGUUGUUGCUAUGCGGUUCUGCUUCCUGCCACGACUGACCGGUACAUUCCGGCUGCGGUGCUGUUGUUUGGUGACCAUCCUGGCACUCAUCACCCUGUCGUAUUACCUGAUAGAUAGUUUGAUAAUAACGCACACAUCGAACAGCAGGUGUGCAAAAUGCUACCAACCAAUCGACGUGGUCUACACGUGGGUCAAUGGCAGUGAUCAGAGAUUCCUAGAUCAGCUUAAGCUCUACUCGCUAGUGCGGGACAAGGCACGCUACGAUGACAAAAAUGAGCUGAAAUACUCGUUGCGAUCGCUUGAGAAGUUUGCGCCCUGGGUCCGCAAGGUCUACAUCGUAACCAACGGCCAGAUCCCGUUUUGGCUCAAUCUGGACAACCCGCGAGUGCAAAUUGUUCAACAUGCGGACAUAGCGGACGAGGACACAACGUUGCCGACGUUUUCCAGCGCGACCAUCGAGACGUUCAUCCAUAAGAUACCGGGACUUUCGGAGAACUUCCUGUACCUGAAUGAUGACAUCUUUCUGGGAGCGGCCCUGUUUCCGGAUGAUCUGAUAACGCUUUCGGAAGGGGUGAAAGUGUUCACGGCUUGGCAGGUGCCCGACUGUGCGUCGGAUUGUCCGUGGAUGUUUGUCGGCGAUGGAUCGUGCGAUAGUCAUUGCUACGUGGAGGAGUGCCAAUUCGAUGGAGGAGAUUGUGACCACCCGGACUAUCAGAACCACAUGCACGAGAUGGAGGACUACAACAUGUCAACGGAAGAAGGUGAAGAUACGUUCAUCGAUGUGCCGAAAACUUUUCCCAAAAAUGGGAAAAAAUCCGACAACAUCAGGGAUAUCUACGAAAUGUUCAAACGAUCCAACAACGGUUCUUCCACCAAACAACUGGUCGAAAAGUUCAACAAGGAAAAGCUGAAAAGCAAUAAAUCAAACUCGAAGAAGAAUUCCGCCCAAGGAGACCCCGAACGAGUAGUGGGAGACGCCAGAAGUGAAGAGAGGAUGUCCAACUCGCAGGACAUUUUUGCCCAUUCACUGAUUCAUACGAACAAGAUUUUCAACCAGAUUUAUGGAUUUAAGAAUAGGAAGGUCUUGGCGCACGUUGGAUUUCUGCUGAACGUGAACAUCGUAGAGGCAAUGCUGGUCCGUUUUAGGAAGGAUUUUUCCGUUACCAAGAGCCAUAGGUUCCGGGAGAGGAACGAUCUGCAGUACGCGUUUACGUACUACCAUUUUCUGAUGAGCGAAAGUCGGAACAAGAGCGUUUCGGAGAUAUUCGAUGAUUUCGACACGGAUGGAUCCGGAACAUGGUCUGAUCGGGAAAUUCGAACGUUGCUGACGAAGAUUUACAACCUUCCACUGGAUUGGUCUGCUGUGAGGUAUUUUGAAGAAGUUGUAACAAAUUGUUCCCUACAGCAGAAUAAUUUCGUGCCAUUGGAACAUCAGGAAGAACAGCGGAUAGUUUAUCCAACUCUGGUUUACGAACGAUACGAAGAUUCCACCAUUCCAACGGUCACGAAAAGUCUCGUGCUUGCAUGCCACGAGCUGACAGACAUGAUGAAGAUGAAUUUCGCCCAGACUCCACUGUACAAAUACCACGUCAAUCAGAAGACGGGAAUCUACAGCAACUUCAAGAUGUUGACUUCAAACAUCACGCAGGUCGUCGAUGCUUUGGAUGAGCUACGGAAGAAUCCCAAGAAGUUCAACUGUAUCAAUGAUAACCUCUCCGAGGACAAUCCCGAGGAGAAUCAACUGAUUUCGGCUCUGUUGGAAGAUUUCUACCUCUCGCUCUUUCCGGUGCGAAGCCAGUUCGAGCUGGAGAACAACUAUCGCAAUAGAUUUCAAUACUACGACGACUAUCGGGCUUGGUUUGCCCGGAAGACACUGUUCCGGAACGGAGUGUACGCUUUUUGCCUGGUGGCGUUUUUGGUGUGCGUCAAAAUGCUCUGCUUCCGGCACAAAGGCAAAUUCGCCCGAACGCUGGUGUUCCUUAGUAGUCGAACGGACUACAAUACCAUAUGACGAUUGCGCAAUUAGUUGUACUAAUAGGUUAGGAGUAAUUUCAUGUCGAUUCGACAAAUUGUAUAGCUAAUGAUAUUUUAAACAUCACUUCAACGCUGUUAUACCCUUUUUCGACUUCAUGCAGCUACUUACAGAGUUUACCGACGAAACUAAUUGGGCUGAUACGUGCAUCUUUCACGGGCGUAGCCAGCUUUUUUCUUUUUUCUUACUCUCCUAAACGAACACAAGAAAGAGCGAGGUGAAAGAGAGGGCGAAAGGUCUUUCUCUCAAUCCUGUUUAUUAUUUAAAAUCGUUUCCUCGGAGAAGAGGGCGAAAACCUCAUUCGAUAAUGAACUUAAAAUUACUCGCGCAUUAAACAUUCAUUGUUCAACAUUCAACAAUAGAAAUUAGGAAUUUGUCGAUUCGGCAUGGAAUGACUCUCAUAGUUUUUUUUUCCAAUUUAUUUAUUUGAACACGAAAAGAUAAAACCUGACAGUAAAAUAAACUCUUCAAUGAACAAACAA